UUUCAUGUGUGGGAUUCUGUUCUCCCUCCAGUCUGGAGCGGUGAGAGACGACUGGCUCGCGGACCUCUUCCGGCAGCUGCAAGCUGCGAACACUGCCCGAGGUCCGGAUGCCCAGGAUACCGUUCGGAUAUUGGUGCGGAAGUGCUCGUUGACGUUCUUUGCGUCUGAGCUUCGGCUGCGUGGGGAUGCGUACAUUGCACAGCCGCAUAGAGAUACUAGCGGAAAUAUUCUAUGUUGGAAUGGUGAGAUAUUCGGGGGCAUAGAUGUCGCGUCGGAGGAGAACGAUGGCGCAAAAUUGUUUUCACUGCUUCAGAAGCAGGAAACUGCAGAAGGCAUCCGAGACUGCUUAGGCAGUAUUGAGGGCCCCUAUGCCGUGGUAUAUUAUCAACACUCGGCUCGCCGCCUGUUCUUCGCUCGCGAUCCGCUCGGGCGACGCUCUCUGCUGAUUCACAGACCGAUGGCUGAGAACCCGUAUUUUCUGUUGUGCUCCGUCUCAAUAGGCUCUCACUCCGGCUAUACGCUGGAAGAGUUGUCGACACAUUGCAUCUAUGUGCUUGAUAUCGCACGUUUAAGAUUUGUAGACAGUGUAGAGGCUUCGUUCGAAGAAUGCCUGCAAGAGGUCCCAAGAUAUGACCCGAAAGCACCAUCAAAAUACGCACGUCUCGAUAGAAUCAAUGUGAUGAUACCUGAGGAUCCGCCCAAAGUCGAGGAUCUGGCACGAAUUCCCGAACAUCUGACAUCAGCCGUCGAUGAAUUGCUAUCUCACCUCGACCUUAGUGUCAGAUUACGCGUCCAGAACGUCCCAAGAGUGGCGACGUCCGUUGGCCAAGCAAGAGUAGCAGUACUCUUCAGUGGAGGCAUCGAUUCGACCAUGCUAGCAUUUCUUGCUCACAGGCAUGUCGACCCCUCAGAACCUAUCGACUUGCUGAAUGUUGCCUUUGAGAACCCACGUAAGAUCUGUGUGAAGGUUGAAGGUAACAUUGGCGGGCUUCCCAAGAGAGAGAAAAAGCUGCGCGAGCGGAUCGAUUACUCGACAGUCAAUGUCACGUAUGGUGUGCCGGAUAGGCUGACAGGUCUUCUUGAGCUCGAGGAGCUGCGGCGGCUGUGUCCUGGUCGUGUCUGGAAUUUCGUCGAGAUCAACGUUCCUUUUGAAGAAUCGCAAGAGGCUCGACCGAUCGUCGAAGCGCUUAUGUUUCCGAGCAGAACGGUGAUGGACCUGAGCUUGGCCGUCGCGCUAUAUUUUGCAGCACGAGGAAUCGGCCAGGUUCGCAGCAUGCCUGACUCAAAACCUGUCGCAUACGUGUCUCCUGCCCGCGUUCUUCUGAAUGGACUGGGGUCGGAUGAACUGCUCGGGGGAUACGGUCGUUUCCGGACAUGCUUCAAAGUAGGCGGAUGGCAAGCGAUUAUUGGCGAGCUUCAGCUUGAACUUGACCGGAUACCGAUGCGGAACCUUGGCCGGGACGAUAGAGUCAUUUCCUCGCGCGGCAAGGAGACGCGGCAUCCCUUCCUUUCCUUGUCCGUGGUUUCGUUCCUUGCACAGCUACCGGUGCACCUGAAGACGGACCCGAGACUUGAGUCAGGUCUGGGAGAAAAGAUGCUGCUGAGACUGGCAGCGCGGAAAGUCGGGUUGGUUGAGGCGAGCAGCAGGAAAAAGCGGGCGAUGCAGUUUGGUAGCCACUCAGCACGGAUGUCACCCGGAGAGGGCGAAAAAAAAGGCGGUCUAUUGAUCAGGUGGUGGACUGCACCAUGCACGCUCAAUCUAAAGUGAUCUCUCGC